AUGGAGACCGACCUACACCAGAUCAUCGCCUCCUCACAACCGCUCACAGACGAACACGUCCAGUACUUUCUGUACCAGAUUCUGCGGGGCUUGAAGUACAUCCACUCGGCUGGGGUGUUGCAUCGCGAUCUGAAGCCAAGCAACCUGUUGCUGAACGGAAAUUGCGAUCUGAAGAUCUGUGACUUUGGGCUUGCGCGAGUGUACGACCCAACAGCCAAACACGAGGCGUUUAUAACUCAGUACGUGGCAACGCGAUGGUACCGAGCACCGGAGAUCAUCCUAUCCUGGAAACAGUAUACUAAGGCCAUUGAUGUGUGGAGUGCGGGGUGUAUCUUUGCUGAGCUGCUGCAGCGGCAGCCCCUGUUUCCAGGAAAGGACUACAUUCACCAAGUGGAGUUGAUUAUCAAAUUCGUCGGCACGCCCACUGAGGCCGAUGUGUCGGACAUAAAGAGUGACAAAGCAAGGAGGUAUCUACGCUCCUUGCCAGUACAGGAGAAGGCCAAGCAACAGCACCAGGAGUCAUUGCGGAUGGAGGAGCGACGGCGUCUGCAGCAACAACAACUGUAUGCCAUGCAACUGAUAAAGCAGCAACAACAGCAACAGCGCCAGUCAAUACAACACCGACAGCAGCAGCAGUGGGAGAUGCAACAUGGGCCACAGGACUUGGACUCGGCAUUAGGCUACACUAACAUAGAAGCACAGAUGCAAGGCAUGCAAUUAGCCCAGCAGCAGCAGCAACAGCGCCAGUCCUAUGAUCCAGCGAUGAUAGCAGCACAGAACGCCGCAAAUGCACAACGACGCCAAGCACAGGCAGAAGCAGAAGCAGCACAGAUACAACGGCAAAACCAGGCACUGGCACUACGACAGGCCCAGCAACUGCAGCAGCUGCAGCAGGGAAUGCAGCAACAGCAACAGCAACAGCAGCUGUCGUCAUGGCAACGGCAGCAGAUGAUGUUGAGUCACGAGCAGGCGCAACAAGGCCAGGCCGGCAAUCUGAGUGCCGACGAAAUCGCGGCAUUAGAAGCACUCAUGGGACAGCGAUAGACUUAACUAGUGAUGUAGAUAUAUAUAAAUUAAUGAUGUGGAUAUAAAUAAACCAAUGAUGUAGAUAUAAAUAAACCUAUGAUGCUCCG